UCAAAUCUUCAAUCUCUUCCCUCCGAUUCAAACCCUAAUUUUCUCAGAAAUGGAAUCCGGAAAGGUCACCAGAGGCGCCGGAGGUCGCAAAGGCGGCGACCGGAAAAAGUCGGUUUCCAAGUCCGUCAAGGCCGGCCUCCAAUUCCCCGUCGGCCGUAUCGCCCGGUUCUUGAAGAAGGGCCGCUACGCCCAGCGAACCGGCUCCGGCGCUCCGAUCUACCUCGCCGCCGUCCUCGAAUAUCUCGCCGCUGAGGUGCUGGAGCUCGCCGGAAACGCGGCACGUGACAACAAGAAAACUCGGAUCAACCCUAGGCACGUGCAAUUGGCGGUGAGGAACGACGAGGAGUUGGGAAAGCUUUUGGCCGGAGUGACCAUCGCCAGCGGAGGAGUGCUUCCGAAUAUCAACCCGGUUUUGCUUCCGAAGAAGACCGGACACUCCGACGCGUCGGAGAAGGCGACCAAGUCACCCAAAUCGCCAAAGAAGGCCGCCGCUUAAACGACGUCGUUUAGAUUUAUAGAAUGAUAGUAGUAUGUAGGUUUAAAUUUGGUUUAUGUUCAGUGAAAUGGUGUAGUCAGUUUGUUUCAUAAAUGGAAAAAGUUGUGUUUGGUA